AUGAUGCAUAAUUUGACAACCUAUUUUGCUGGCUGCUCAGCUGUCAAUAUUGGUGUAUUACUGAAAACUGCAACUAGAUUCACAACUUUCGAAUAUGCUUGCAAUGUUUUGAGAGAUCCUAACGCUCCUGAAAGUUCUCCAAUUUCUGGUACCAGACUAUUACUUGCAGGAGCUAUUACAGGUUUUACUGAAAGUUUAUUGAUUAUCCCAUUUGAAAAUAUAAAAACAACUAUGAUUGAAAACGCAUUGUUGAUAUCAGAAAGAGAGCAGAACAAACAACAACAACAGCAGCAGCAACAAAAACCUAAUGAGAUUAAGAAAAGGGCCACAUUCCAUAAUGUGGAAACUGUUAAAAUGCAUCCAAGAGAAAAAGCAUUUUAUGCAUAUGAGAAAAACCCUUCGACUACACUUAUAACUACAAUCCGUGAAAUAUAUACUACUAGAGGUUUUCGCGGUUAUCUAAAGGGUACAGUACCGACUAUAUUUAGACAGGUUGGUAAUUCUGUGGUUAGGUUCACUACCUAUACUGCUUUGAAACAAUUAAUUUCACCUUCAGGUAAGUUAGAUCAAUACACUGCAUUUGGCCUUGGCUUCGUAUCUUCAUGUGCGGUAGUUCUGGUCACACAACCUAUUGAUGUUAUUAAAACAAGAAUGCAAAGUAAAUAUGCUUGGAAAUAUUACAAAAAUUCUUUAAAUUGUGCUUAUAGGAUAUUUGUUGAAGAAGGAUUUCCUAAAUUCUGGAAAGGUUGGGCACCAAGAAUGUUUAAAGUGGGUUUGUCAGGUGGUAUAUCGUUUGGUGUUUAUCAAUACGUUGAAACGCUCAUGAAUACAAUUCAAAGUGAAGGUUUUAACUGA